AAUCUAAAUCAGAAUUAGUUGAAGAGAUAUUACUCCCAAAAGGAAUCUGUCCUAGUGGAUUUACAUGAAACAGGCUAUAUAGUUAAGCAGACAGCACUAGACUAUUUUUACAACCAUGGCACUCCAAGUGGGGGCCCCGGGGUCUGCGAUUUUUUUUUUUUUCUUUUCAAGACAAACAUCAAUAAGUAUAAAAGUAUAAAAACAAGUAUGCCAACUUAAAUCUAAUUCAAUAAUAAAACUAGGAGGAGCGCUCUUGAUAUAUGCAAAAUAUUUCAAGUCUACAUUCAGAUCUCGGGUUGUGGUCUGUGAAUGACUGUAAACCUCUAACGACUUCAAUAAAUAGAUAUGCUCAUACUUGGUACUGAAUAUUUAGUGGCAGAGGUAUGGUGGUGUACCAGGGUUCAUUGCUGCCUCACAGCUUCAGGGUCCCUGGUUCAAUCCUGAGCUUUAGUUUGUGUGUCUGUGUGAAGUUCACAGGAGUUCUCUGUUUUCCUUCCAUCUCCCAGAAUCAUCCCGUGGCUACAUUAAAUUUGCUACAUAACAUAAAAUGGCUAGAUUAAGUGUGAAUGAGUGUGUGAAUAGUGCUCUGGGAUGGACUGGUAUCCCAUUCAGGGUGUGUUCCUGUCCAUUCACACUCAUUGUUCCUGGGAUAGCUUUAUCCUGACCAGGAUAAAACCGUUACUGAAGAUGAAUAGAAUAUAGAUGAAUAGAUGAAUAGAAUAGAUGAAUAGAAUGGAGGCAUAAAUGAAUAUUAUGUACGUGUAUGUGCAAAUAGAUACAUGAUAUGGCUGAAAGUAUGUGGACACCUGCCCAUCACACCCAUAUGUGCUUUCUGAAGAACCCAUUCCAGAUUUAGUCACCAUUUGCUGUUAUAAUAACCUCCACAUUUCUGUGAAGGCUUUCCACUUUGGAGCAUGGCUGUGGGGAUUUGCAUUAGUGAGGUCAGGCACUGAUGUUAGGUGAGGAGGCCUGGGGUGCAGUCGGCGUACCAGUUCAUUCUAAAAGUGUUCAGUGGGGUUGAGAUCAGGGCUCUGUGCAGGCCUCUCAAUUUCUUCCACAUCAGUCUUGGCAAACAUGGACUUUGUUUUGUGCACAGUGUCAUUGUCACGAGGCCCUUUAUUUCCAGUGAAGGGAAAUCUUAAUGCUACAGCAUACAAAUACAAUCUAGACACUUGUGUGCUUCCAACUUUGUGGCAAGUGUUUGGGGAAGGUCCAUGUACUGGUGUGAUGAUCAGGUGUCCACAAACUUUUUGGCAUAUAGUGUAUAUUUCACUUAAUCUCUCAAUGUUUUGUGUAUUUUGAGAUGCCUUUCUGCACACCAUGAUUGUAAAGAGUGGUUAUUUAAGUUACUAUACCCUUCCUUAGCUCAAGAAUACUUUUGGACAUAUAGUGUACUUGACUUGACCAGCAUUACAGCUAAGCAUCUAAUUUUUAUUCACUAAAGAAUUGUAGUGGCUAUUUAUUUCGAGAGGAAAAAAAAAAAAAAAACCUGUCAGGCUGUUAGUGAGCUGCUCCUCCUCUUCUUCCUGAUGAAUACCCAAUGAGUACAGCCCAUGUGAGGGGAAAAAGUGAAGUUUACAAUGCUGUUAACUCGGAUACUAGAUUUACGCGCCCUAAAAUUGGAUUUUCGUUGCUAAAAUUACAAAUAAGUAUCUAAGAAACAAAUAUUCUGUGAGGAAACACGACGGCUAGAGUAAGGAAAUCUAGCACGCUUUGCUGCCUUCAACACGGCACAGGAGGUAUCAUGUCUUCCAGAGAGCGCCGCUCAGAGCUGCACAUAAAGGCUGAGCCUAGCAGUCCGGAGGGCGGAGGCGGAGGCGGGAGGACGAGUCCCGGAGGCGUCUCUUCCGAUUCCUCUCAGAGCGGUGGAGGAGGCGUACGGGGGGAAGGAACAGUACGCUACUCCUCACCUGUAUACAGCCCAGCACUGCGCUGCCACUUUAAGGAGGAUGGAGCCGAUGGUGCGGACGAGGGCUCUACAGGCAGUAGCGGGGGCCGCUGCAAAUACGCCCUGAGCACUCUUCCUAAAAGGCUUUGCCUUGUAUGUGGAGACGUGGCCUCCGGCUACCACUAUGGUGUGGCCUCCUGCGAAGCCUGCAAGGCGUUCUUCAAGAGAACCAUCCAAGGCAACAUUGAGUACAGCUGUCCAGCGUCCAACGUGUGUGAGAUCACCAAGAGACGCAGGAAGGCCUGCCAGGCAUGUCGCUUUACAAAGUGCCUCAAAGUGGGCAUGCUCAAAGAGGGAGUUCGUCUGGACCGGGUGAGAGGGGGGAGGCAGAAGUACAAGAGGCGGCCAGAAGUGGAGAACGCCAUGUACCAGAGCACACCAAUACCUGUAAAGAAAGAGGGGGAAAGAGGCUCCCCCAGCAUCAUUGUGUCACAUCUGCUGGUAGCCGAGCCUGAGAAGCUGUUCGCCAUGCCGGAUCCACUGCAGCCCGACACGGCUCAGCGCACCCUCACCACGCUGUGUGACCUCGCCGACCGCGAGCUCGUCGUCAUCAUUGGCUGGGCCAAACACGUCCCCGGUUUUCUGUCUCUGUCCCUGGCUGACCAGAUGUCUGUACUACAGUCUGUAUGGUUGGAGGUGCUGGUGCUAGGGGUGGCGUAUCGCUCUCUGGGCUGCGAGGAUGAGGUGGUGUUUGCUGAAGACUUUGUGCUGGAUGAAGAGAUGUCACGUGUAGCUGGCUUGACCGAGCUCAAUGCUGCCAUCUGCCAGCUGGCACGCCGCUUUAGGGCCCUGCAGCUGGAACGUGAGGAGUUCGUCAUGCUGAAGGCCAUCGCUCUCACCAACUCAGACUCUGUCUACAUAGAGGACAUUGAGGCCGUGCAGAAGCUGAGGGAUCUCCUCCAUCAGGCUCUGUUAGAGCUGGUGAUGCAGCAGCGUCCGGAAGACCCUCAGCGCGCCGGCCGUCUUCUCCUCACGCUGCCCCUCCUCCGGCAAACAGCCAACCGCGCACUCACCACUUUCUACAGUAUCAAGACCCGUGGAGGUGUGCCCAUGCAUAAACUCUUCCUGGAGAUGCUGGAAGCCAUGAUGGACUCCCCUUAGAGUGAGGUACACAACGAGGUGAACAACGGGUCAGCAAAAGAAGAGAGGAAAAAAUUAAUCAUUUUUGUAAGAUGAAGAAACUUUUUUUUUUUUGUCUUUUAAAAUGCAAGUGCAGCAGCCAAAAGGCAAGUCAGAAAGUCCCUUCAAAUAUCAUUCAUAUGUGAAAGCUUUGAUAUCGAGCAGCAAGAAAGGUGAUCUCUCAUUCAUUUGAUUGGACUUAUUUCUCACAUCAGAACAUUCACUCGAUUGUUGGAAUAAUUUGCCCAAAAUAUACAAGGAUAUCAGAGUUAAUCAGUUAUUAUCACACAGUUUUCUGUAGAUUGCUUUAACAAAUGGGACCUUCCAUCAGUGUAACAUUUAGGGGCUACAGCAUUGCAAGGAAGUGAUGUUUAGUUACUGCUAUAUGAAAUCUCUUUCACCUGUAGCGCCCCCUUUUGAAACUAUAGCUAAGCCAUACAAACCACCACACAAAUACAGUAAUCCAUUAGGUGACCUCAUAAAGAGCCAUGUUUAACCUUCUUGCAGUCCCACUCGUGUGUUUGUUUGUUUGUGUGUUUGUGUAGACCGUUUCAUGUACCAGUACUUGCUGUACCAUGUAAGUACUAUCUUGAUUUACCCAGAUCGUUUUGUGGUUCGAAUUGAAAUAUGCAAGACAUGUACAGGAAUGUUAGACCUGCAGGGUAAACGGGGGGAUGUAGUAAUUUACGAGUUACAUUCGACAGGAGCGGAACUAUAGUACAUGCUAUAACAUGCAAUAUAUUUUAAAGCAAUAUGUAUAAGAAGUGCAAGUCAUGCAUUUUUCCGUAUAGAGGGGGCGCUGUUGACUCAAAACUUUUGUUCUGUUCAAGCUGUAUAAUGUAGUGGUACAUAAAGGGAAUGCUGUCAAAUAGGACACCACUCUUCUUCAUGCAGUAGUGCACUCUUUAUAGUUUAGCAGUCUGUUCUACAGAGUGAACGGCUAGAGAAUCUUGAAUUGUGUACAUGAGUUUGUGUGUGUGUGUGUGUGUGUGUGUGUGUGUGUGUUUCUGUGCAGUGUGUGAGUGCACGGAUGCAUUGGUGCAUUUAGAUCAGGGUAAAAGAGCCACCUCGGGCCCUGUAGGCCAGCUGGCUCUGUACAUGGAGUCUGCUGCUGUGCUGUGGAAAGACGUUGUUUUAUAAUCCGCCUGAAAGGACUGAGCAUGAACUCAUGCUCAAAGCUAAAGCUCAAGGCUUCACCUGAUGUCACAAGUUCUUCACGUGACCAAUACAAUAUUAUACACUGGGAGCCCACACGGGAGACGGCACCGAGACUGAUCAUAGCCGUUAGUCGUUAUGCCUCUGCACUCUAAAUCCUCCCUCUGAAAGACUGAGAAGGAGCUGAUUCAGGAUCAAGAUGGAGUGAAACUUGAAUCCUCAUGACAGACGUGGAUGCAGCGCGUGGCCCUCGUUGGUCGUGCUCCGUAUGACUUUCACUGUAUGAAAGCAACACUUGGUACAACAUGAAGAGCCUCACACUAUGAUGUAAAAAAAAAAAAAAAAGAUCCCUCACAGCCCAUGACCAUUCUUGUAACUUUUUAUUGACAUUGUGUUGGUCACUGCUGUUUCCGAGCCGUUUUUGGGUGUUUCUUUUGCAGACAUGUGUCUGGUAUUAUAUGCAAUCAUUUUCAGAGCCCUACAACUCUUCUACCUUUAUUAUUUUAUUAUUAUUAUUAAUUUUUUUUUUUUUUUUUUUUUGCAUUUUAAAAACUCAACAGUAGGAAGAAAAGCCAACUGCUGUCCAGGCCAAGGCAGAAUAAAUAAGAAAAUCGAACCACUAAUCAACAGUUUCAGACCUCUGAGAUUACAGUGUGUCUUCAGGGUGCUUUUCACUGUACGUUUCUAGUAAUGAUUUUGUGUGUACAAGAUAUUCUUGCAUCCCAUACACAGGUAAUUCCCAAUUCUAGGUGGUGAUUGAAUUUUCAUAGAUAAUUUCCAAUUAAUAUAAGCUUAUCUUCUUGUAGGAAUCCCCAGCCCAAAAUGCCAUGGGAAUUUCUGAUCCUCAAGUAUGAGUUUCUUUUCUCCUUUGUGGUUUGUCAGAAUUUGACCGACUUGAAACGUAGACUGUCUGUAUAUUACAUGUCCUCAAGCUUGGUACUAAAAUAAAGCAAUCUGGUUGAAUGUUGUAAAAUAUUACUUUUACUGUUGAUUUUUUUUUUUUUUGCCUCUCUUUACAGUUUAUUUUUCAACAUUUUGCUUUUGUCAUUGAGUGCUAACAAUUGAAGAAUAACGAAAGCCAGGGAAAGAUAUGUUAAUGUAUUUUAAUGUAGCCUCGUAAUAAUAAUAGUCUUGCAGAUUUCAGGCAGUCAGUAUGUGGUGUUGAACACUGAGUUAUUUCCUCCAUUUACUGUCUCGUUCUAGCAUGGCAUCAGUCCUGUUACCUGGCCGAAAGCUGUUUUUCAGUUGAAGCUAUCUUAAUCUAAUCAACACUAAAAUACUUUUGGGUUAGUUUCCUAUAUAAGUUUUCUAUAAGUCUUUUCCUCUUUUGUAUACAGAGAUAAACACGUCUCUCUGUUCCUGGUCACGUUGCAGAAUGUGUACAAAACUAUAGAUGUCUGGGUCCAUUCAAAGGAAGCUGUAAACAAUUGUCAAUGUUUGUGUGAAUAAUAAUAAUAAUAAUAAUAUUAGCAAAUAUAAUUCUAAUACAUUAGUGUUUUCAUCAACUAUCGACAUUGUAUGAUGCCAUUUUGUAAUUGUCGACGUUAUAUGAGAUUUUGGGAUAUCCGUCAGUGGGACGCAUCAUUUAGAAAUCACUUAAAGUCACGGGUAGCUGUUAGCGUGUCUGUGUAUAUUUAUGUAAAUGAGCAAUACCAGAAUUUACCAAAACUCUGUUUUCACCUUUCUCUGUAUAGUGACCUACUGUAAAUCAAACCUCAGCAGUAAUAACAGUGUUAAAAAUCCACAGAAAUGAUACAGCUUAUAAGGUAAAGAACAAAUCAAUGUUUGUAUUUUAAAAUAUUGUAUUUAAAAGAUUAAAUUCUAUUUUUUACUCAAUUUGCUGAUGUUUAUUAAUAUUAUUUGGUUGUUUUUAUUUUCUGUGGGUUUUAGUAUAAUGAUUGUGGAUGUCUCUGUGUGCUGUUUUUUUUUUCUUCUUCUUCGUAAAGCUAAAUGGUUCUGCAGUAGUGACUCUUUCAGCAAUUUGUUCAUAUUGAAUCACUGUGAUUAAACAGCAAACACUAAAACACCACAGGAACUUAGGGGUACUUCAAGAUAUUGUCGGUGUCAUGUGUUUUGUAAUAAAUUAACACACGUCAGAACUUG